UAAAAACAAUCACAUGACAGUCAUAUUACGAUUACCAAAUCAUGUCAGUCAUGUUCCAAUAUAUUGUAGGAUUAGUGCUUUUUCAUUUUGUAUAUUCUGAUAAUGUUGUUCCAGAACAAAUACAUCUAUCAUAUGGAAGAGAUUCAACUCAAAUGUUUGUUACAUGGAGUACUAUGAAUGUAACUCAAAACGCGACUUGUCUAUAUGGAACAAGUAGUCUUUCUCAACAAGCCAAAGGAUAUACAACAAAGUUUGUUGACGGUGGAACAGAACAACAUACUCAGUACAUCCAUAGAGUGGUGCUAUCUCAACUACAACCCGGAAAAAAACACAUGUAUCAAUGUGGAAAUGGGAAGACCUUCAGCAAAAUCUUCACCUUCAAAGCUCUUCCAAGUGGCUCUGAUUUUGGUGUGCGUGUUGCUCUCUUUGGAGACAUGGGAAGUGUCAAUGCACAGUCUUUACCCAGACUUCUGAAGGAUGUCCAGAAUGACAUGUAUGAUGCCAUAUUUCAUGUGGGAGAUUUUGCAUAUGAUAUGGAUUCGGAUAAUGGUAAAAAUGGUGAUAAAUUCAUGAAAGCAAUAGAACCAAUAGCAGCAACUGUUCCAUACAUGACAUGCCCUGGCAACCAUGAAAACAAAUACAACUUUUCAAACUAUAAGAACAGAUUUACCAUGCCAGGGGAUGAAGAUGGUAAACUAAUGUACUACAGCUUUAACAUGGGACCUGUGCAUGUCAUUUCCAUCAGCACAGAAUAUUUUUUUUACAUCAACUAUGGAAUCCUGCAGCCCAUUCACAUGUAUGAAUGGUUGGAGAAAGAUCUACAGGAGGCAAGUAAACCAGAGAACCGUGCUAAGCAGCCAUGGAUUAUUGCCAUGGGACACCGGCCGAUGUACUGCUCCAAUAACGACCAUGAUGACUGUACCCAUCAUGAAUCCUUGGUUCGUAUAGGAAUUCCUUUCAUACAUAUCCUUGGCAUGGAAAAAGUCAUGUACAAGUAUGGGGUGGAUCUGAUGUUCUGGGCCCACGAACACUCGUAUGAACGCCUGUGGCCAGUGUAUGAUAGGAAGGUGUAUAAUGGAAGUCUUACUGCUCCAUACACAAACCCAAAGGCACCUGUCCACGUCAUCACAGGAUCAGCGGGCUGCAGCGAAAAGCAUGAUCCUUUCAAGAAUAAUACAGCAGCUUGGUCAGCCUUCAGGAGCAUUGACUAUGGGUACACCCGCAUGAAUGUGAUAAAUGCCACUCAUCUUUACGUAGAGCAGGUUUCUGAUGACAAGGACGGCAAGAUCAUUGACAGUUUGAUGCUGAUCAAAAACAAACAUGGACCUUAUAAGGCGUCCUACAGACCCUCCUUCUUGUUUGAACACAGUGACUACAAUUGCCCAUUGUCUUUGUAUCAUAUGUCUACUGCUGACUAUUGCUUCCUUCUGGGGAUACAUUCCACCAUUUUGUGCGCAGUAGAGAGUGCUCCCCAGUCCCGGGGUAGUUGCCUCAGCCUCUGCGGUCCGUACGGGGUGGACUGCCCUAGCGGCUACGAGUGUCGAGGCAAUGGUUGUGGGCACGAGUGCUACAGGCCCGCCAACUACGUCGUCCCCGAAGGCUGUACCCCAGUGCGCUGUCGUAUGCAUUGUCCUCUUGGUUUCAAAGUGGACGAGUCCGGAUGUGACAUAUGUGAGUGUGACUACUCCGCCCUGUCACCCAGUGGACCAAAUUAGUGUUUUGUUUCAUGAUGGUCUCCAGGGAAGUUUGUCCAUCUGACAGAAUGAGCUUGGCAUUUAAAUCAAAUACAGAUAAUUUUAAGUUUUCUGCGUCUAUUUCCUCCACGCCCGGUUGAUCUAUUUAGACAUUAUUUAUAGCUGUAACUAAUUUUGAGUAAAUUAUCAAUAAUUAA